AUGGCUGAAACCGAUUCUUUCCUUCACCUUUCUCGCCCUUUGGGCCCAGUGGCAGUGGGGUCUGCACCAACCACCGCCCCUCUGAACGUUGUCAUUCAGCCUCAGGCCAUUUUCUCGAUUCUCGACCACUCCCUCCGUCGCAAUGCCGAUCAGGAGCGUGUCAUCGGUACCCUGCUUGGAACCAGAUCAGAGGAUGGAACCGAGGUGGAAAUUCGUAGCACCUUCGCUGUUGGACACACAGAGACGACCGACCAGGUUGAGGUGGAUAUGGAAUACCAGAAGCAGAUGCUUGCGCUGCACCUCAAGGCCAAUCCGAGGGAAGUGCUUGUGGGUUGGUACGCCACGUCGUCCGAGUUGAACACCUUCUCCGCCUUGAUCCAGAACUUCUACAGCGGCCAGGGUGACGGCACAUGGCCUCACCCUGCCGUCCAUCUGACGGUGUCUACUGAGCCUGGGAAGGAUAUUGAGACCCGUGCCUACAUCUCCGCCCCCGUCGGCGUGACCGCGGAGAGGGCCGCAGACAGUGCCGCUUUCAUUCCUGUCCCUUAUGAGAUUCGCUAUGGCGAGGCCGAGAAGAGUGGUCUCGAGACUAUUGCUUCCGCCAAAGACGCCGAAAGCCGUGCCACAAACAUCUUUACUGAUAUCGAGGCUCUGGAGCGUGCCAUCGAGGAGGUUCUUGGCAUGAUCGACAGAGUCUCCAGAUACGUCGAGUCCGUCAUUGAUGAAGAAGCUCCAGCUUCGACGGCACUGGGCCAGUUCCUCCUCAAUGCCCUGGCCUUGGCGCCCAAGGUCGAACCCGCCGACAUUGAACGUGACUUCAACAACCACAUCCAGGACGUUCUGGUCGUGUCUUACCUGGCCAACACCAUUCGCACACAGAUGGAACUGUCCAACCGGCUAGCAACUGCUCAGCUCACUUUGGGUGGAGAGGCUGGCAGCGCCGAGGCUGGCGCUCAGCGUGGCCAGAGAGGCGGCAAGGGCGGCCGCGGCGGACAGCAGCGUACUCAAGAACGGGCCACUGAGGAAGCUCGCGCGUGA